AUGUUGCAAGAAUUGAAUUACCAAGGUGUAGAGUUCCCAGUUGCUACCAAACAUUAUGGUAAAAUUGAGGCCCAAAACAAUAUUAAUGUUAAAGUGGUUGGGUGUGAGAAAGAGCAAUUUUAUCCAAUUUAUGUUUCAAAGCAGAAAAACGAGAAAGUAUUGAACCUGCUGCUAAUAUCGAAGGGCACAAAGCGGCACUAUGUUUUAAUCAAGGAUUUUAACAGAAUGAUGUUUAACAAGACUUAACACAAGGAGCGAAAGCAUUUUUGCAUGCACUGUCUCCAGUGUUUGAGCACCGAAGAGAUACUGGCAAAACAUAAGAACAAUUGUAUGAUAAUAAAUGGGGAACAAGCAAUAAGAAUGCCCAAGGAAGGUAGUAUGGUCCAAUUCAAAAAUCAUCAUAAGCAGAUGCCAGUACCUUUUGUAAUUUAUGCAGAUUUCGAGGCAAUUACAGAGAAAGUAUCUGGUUUCCAACCGGACGAUGCUAAAUCUUUUACCAAUAAGUAUCAAAAGCUGUGCUGCUAUGAUGAUGCAUAUUCAAAACCGGUGAAAAUUCGCAGAGGGGAGGAUUCUAUUAAUAAGUUUAUGCAGCAGAUUCUUAUAGAAGUACAUUAUUGCCAGGAGAUCAUUAGUACCAAAUAUAAUAAACCUCUACAGAUGACUGAUGAGGAUGAGCGGCAGUUUAAAGCUGCUGAGGAAUGUCAUAUUUGU